AUGUCUCAGGAUUUGCCACCGCAGUCGCCAGAAGCAGCUGGUGCUUCUGGUGGGGAGAAAUACGAUGAGUUCGACGCUAAUAUACGUAACUUUGCUCCAGUGGCCCGCAUCAUGAAGAAUGCUCUGCCGGAGAACGCUAAGAUCGCCAAAGAAGCUAAGGAAUGCAUGCAAGAAUGCGUCAGCGAGUUUAUCUCGUUCAUCACGAGUGAAGCCUCGGAGAAGUGCCACCAGGAGAAGCGAAAGACGGUGAACGGAGAAGACAUUCUUUUCGCCAUGACUUCGCUGGGAUUUGAGAACUACGCAGAAGCUCUCAAGAUCUACCUAUCCAAGUACCGAGAACAAUCCCAAUCGAACAGAGGAGAGAGCUCGCACCGCCCCGGCAGCAGCGGUUAUGGCGCCAACCCUCCAACCGGAGCUGGCAGCUUCCAGGCCGAGCCUCAGAACAAUGUGCUCGGGGGUCAGCAGGGAGAUGGAAGCGCCGACGCCCAGGGCUACAUGUACGGCGCACAAACUGGCCACAACGGCACUGGUGGCGCCGACGGCUACCAGUAA